GCCGCGCGGCGGCCGCCAACCGCUGGGUUUGAAUCGCGGCACCGCUCUGUGGCUGCGGGAUGGGCUCCCCGUCGUUGCCCCCGGCCUGGCAGCUCUACCUCAAGGACCACCGCGUCUCUACGUUCAAGAACUGGCCCUUCUUGGAGGGCUGCGCCUGCACCCCGGAGCGGAUGGCCGCGGCCGGCUUCAUCCACUGUCCCACUGAGAACGAGCCCGACUUGGCCCAGUGUUUCUUCUGCUUCAAGGAACUGGAAGGCUGGGAGCCAGAUGACGACCCCAUAGAGGAACAUAAAAAGCAUUCGUCUGGCUGUGCUUUCCUUUCUGUCAAGAAGCAGUUUGAAGAAUUAACCCUCAGUGAAUUUUUGAAACUGGACAAAGAAAGAGCCAAGAACAAAAUUGCAAAGGAAACCAACAAUAAGCAGAAAGAAUUUGAAGAAACUGCAAAGAAAGUCCGCUGUGCCAUUGAGCAGCUGGCUGCUUUGGAGUGAUGCCUGCCCAUAUUUACCAGUCCCACAGUCCAUACAUCAUUUCCAAGCACAUUCUCCAGUGUUACCAGCUUUUCCGUGGGGCCCCUUAACAGUGCCUUAGGAAAAGAGAACGGCAACAUUUUGAAAUUAGAACAUUUCAACUCUAUUUUCAUUGUUUCUUGAAAGUGGUACCAGGGCUGACUUCCGUUGUACAGCUGGUGCUGCUGGGUUCAGGGACUGAUUCUCUCUUUUUUCUCUGUUAGUUUUUGCUCUGUUGACUCCUGGACUCA